UAGAAAAGGAAAAAGUGUUGUACAAAACGACAAUUGUGUCGUUUUCGGAUGUUUGGAGAGGCACAAAGGCGACAAGGAGCAUUUUGCAUGUCAUUAAAAAUCUUGGAAUAAAUAAAUUAACAAAAACCUAUCCAUCACUAACGGGUCUCCGGGCAAUAUUAUCAUUUGCAAUUCAGCUUUUCUAACGAAUGUGAAAUGUUUUCUCCAUAAAGUGAACGUCAUCACUGGAAGUGAAAGAAUUGGGUUUAUUUUAAAAGCCGUCAGUGAUACAGAAGCGACUUGUUUGGGGCAAUACGUUUUAUCAUAGUGGGAGGACUCGGAACAGUGCUUGUUGACUUAAACUUGCUCAAGAUUUGUUACCUUCUUCAAAGGCAAAGUUAAGUUUCUGCUUAUUGGAGUAAAUUGUCUCCUGUUGUUUUCGAAGAUUCCAAAGAAGGCCAAUCGGUAACUUAUUAAUAAUUCAAUGGUGUGUGCACAUUUCUGUUGAAAGGCACCGAAACCUAUGCUAUUAUUGCUAACUGCCUCAAUCAACGACUUGUUUACAAUUUACACGUAUUGCGCAUGAAACCUUUCAACGAGUCACGGAAAGCCUACUGCGUAUCUGCGUAUUAAGUAACGUUGUCUUCAUCACAAGCUGACGUUAUUAAAACCCUUCUGAAAGCGUUCGGUCGAAAGCGACAGUUUUGUUUGUUUACAUUCGUGGAUCAGUGCGUUCGUUUGAAACUUUAUUUUUGUUGGCUGAAGGACGAAGGAAUAUAAACCGCCGAUGUUCAGUUUUAAACCAUCUGGCACUUCCGUCAGAUAAAGCACCUGUAUAUUCGUUACCAGCGCUUCAUCAAGUGCCAGGUUUGUCAUUCGAACGCGUCAUAUUACAUCAACCUAUAUUUUACCUUCACAAACUUUACACUCAUAUUCGGCAGGUUGAACUGUACUUUUUAAAUCCAGUCUUAACUAGGAAAACUGUGGUAAUCCUGCCAUCAUCGCGUGUGUUGGGGAAAUAACCCGAUAUCGCGUGUGUUUGGAAUUUCAUUCAAAUGCUUCCAACGAAGACUCCGUCUGGCACCGUUUAGCAUUCGAUUUUAAUGAUUAGUUUGCAGUUGCGACGUUUACUUCAGAAAAGAACCGUUCCGCUUGUUUAAACGUCAAACCGAGGAUCUCUGAUUUUACGAGUUUUGGUUCGAUGGUUAUACAUUUAUAUUGAAUUUUGGUGGACUUAUCUCACAGUAUGGUCACAAGGACAAGAGCUUUUACUUUCACCUACAGUGCUCCUUCUCCUGAUAUUGGUCGAAGAUCUGGUUUGAGCCGAAAACACUAUUAUGGCUCACUGGAAGCUAUUAACAGUGUGCAUCAAAGUGGAAGUGACUUGAGUGACAAUGCAGGGCGGUUCAGAAUGGAGAGUGGUGAAAUUGGCAUGCAGCCAUCAGUGCCACAGAAUGGAUUAGCUACAAGGCAAGGAAGUGGGGUACACCUUGAGAAUCCUGAGUUCCAAACAAGAUGGUACUUCAAGUAUUUUCUGGGAAAAGUUCAUCAGAAUUUUGUUGGCAUCGAUGGAAGCAAGAGUCCUUUUGUUCUAUCUGUUUGCCUGACAGAUUCAGAUAACUAUGGUGUUCCACAAUACCGAGCCAUUCUUUGGAGGAAAACAGGUGGUCAGAAACUAUGCAUUCCAUACCAGCCAAACAAACCGAUUUCUCCAAAGACUGUACUACAAGCGUAUGGAGUUGACAAGUUUGACAAAGGUCCCAGAGAGGUGCUAAACCGUGAAUUGCAAAAGGAAUUGCUGGUUUUGGAAGAACAGGAGGGAUCCGUAAACUUUAAGUUUGGAGUUCUGUAUGCAAAACAGGGACAAACAACUGAUGAUGAAAUGUUUAGUAAUGUGAAGGUCAGCGAAGAUUUCGAGCGUUUCCUAGAACUGCUGGGUGACAAGAUAGAACUCAAGGGCUGGCAAAAGUAUCGUGGGGGACUCGACGUCAAAAACAACAUGACUGGCUUCCAGUCUCUUUACACAAUUUACGAAGGACAUGAAAUUAUGUUCCACGUGUCCACUUUGCUGCCCUUCACACCUGACAAUCCACAACAGGUGGAGCGCAAACGCCAUAUAGGAAAUGACAUUGUUAUUAUUGUCUUCCAAGACUGGGAUGGGAAGUCUUCGUUUAGUCCUCCAGCUAUAAAAUCCAAGUUUGUUCACAUAUACGCUCUUGUUUCUUUCAACAAAUCGGACAACAGCUAUCGGUUGACAGUGUUCUCUGAAAAGAAUGUGCCAAUCUUCGGCCCACCAUUACCAUGCCCACCGGUUUUCAGUAAUCACCAGGAAUUCAGAGACUUCCUUCUGGUCAAAUUAAUGAAUGGGGAGAAAGCCGCCUACGGAUCACCUACGUUUAGUAACAGGCGUCAGCGAACACUGGACAGCCUUAUAACUAGGCUUCUCCAAGACCACAUCCAUGAGAAACUUGGCGCCCGUAAAUCGUGGAAUGACGUUAUCACGGACCAAUCUCGAGGAAAUCGGCGGAAAGGAAUGGAAAGAGAGCAAGCUUUUCUUCAGUUCGGCCAGUCGUUAAAACUGAACAAAAUAGUGAAAGGCGAUGCACCAACAAGUCUAGCGAGUACGUCAGGGAACUUGAAAGUUGAGCCGUGGAAGCCUCAGUGUAUUUUGGAGGACUUUUCAACAAAGAUAUUUUGCGGGGAUUCUUGGGGCGAUAGUUUAGUUCUGGGAACAGAGGAUGGCAUUCAAAUGCUUCAAGGAGCAAAAAGGCGCUAUGUAUUUGAUAAAUCAGUGGUUGCGAAACAAAUCAACGUAGUGGAAGCUUUUGGGCUUCUUCUUUUUCGAGUGGACAAAGGUAAAGAGUUCCACUCCUCCAAGUUGUACGUCUUUAAACUGACAGACUUCGAAGACGAAGAUGAAGAACCAAAGAACCGGCAAUUUUGCAAAAAUCACAGAGUCGAGAAAAGCAAAGGAUGCCAUUUGUUCGCCGUGAGUCAGUCGGGUGAUGGUGAACUGAAGCUUGCAGUGGCUGUUGGGAGGAAAGUAGCGCUAUUACGCUGGAAGCAUCCUGUGGUGUGGAGCACUUGGACUGUAGGAAACAUCAAAGAUGUGGCGGAUGGAUUUGAGAUCAUCAAGGAAGUGACAGUUGGUGAAGCGCCGAUUUUAAUGACGUUGGUUUACACAAGUUCUCAUGAAAGUCGUGUUUGUGUUGGUUACAAGAAUCAGUUUGAUCUCAUCAGUGAAGCAGGAGACGUGUUCAAAAUACACAGUAUUGACAAACAAAAGAAGGCCACUCUUGUCUCGGCAGUAGACGUGUACGAAGAAGAGGUGUCAGAGUUACUUAUUUCCUAUAAUCACCAGUCAAUAUUUAAAAGGCUGACAGGAGAGCAAUCCUCCAACUUUUCAUUCCAAUGGAACUCGGCUCCAAACUCAGUUGUGUGCGCAUUUCCUUAUUUGCUGGCUUUCACAACGAACACCAUAGAAAUUCGUCUUGUCGUCAACGCAAACUUGGUGCAUACGCUCGUGUUACCCAAAGUCUCCCUAAUUUCAGCAAAGGCGGACAUAUACUUCAGCGCGUCGCCACCCAAAUCAUCGAACUCAUCAACUCAAGCAACCGGAGGCGUUCAAAUCCAGUCGUCUCCCAGCAACACUCAAGAAAAAACUUCGUUGUACAAGAUAUCAACAAUUUCCCUGAUGGGACAGUUUCUUGAUCCUCCUCUUACGCGUAAAGCAACGGAUGAUGUUACCAUGGCACCAAGUGUUGUUCUCAACUCAAAUAACGAGGAAAUCUCUAUAACAAGGCAGUGCAGUGAUUAUUCCCUUGAAUCACGGGAUACUAUUGACAAGGAUUUUCCCAUAAAAGAACCCGUGGGUAGAACAGCUUCGUGUCCACAGUCCCGAAAAGUUUCGGACCCCUCAGAUCCGCGGGGUGCCGUGAAAUAUUCGACGAGUAGCAUUACAUGGACAACAGUGUGAGAGUUGUUCCGGUUUUAAUAGAAUAGAAGAUUUAUAGAAACAUGAGGAUCACCCCCCCCCCCCUUUCCCCUCCCGUCCCUCUCCGAGUCAAAAACCUCAACCCCUUAAGAAAGCAUCCACCAAGCUUUAUCCUUUGUCGAAGCGCUGUGAAGCGUCUUGAUUAAAGCAAAUGUUAAAAUGUUCUCAAAAAUG